UUUAAAUUUGCCUGUUAAAAACUGAGCUGCACAUAAUAAAUCAAACUUCGAAAAGUAUCCCAGUAAUACUAGUUUAGCGUGCCAUUUUGCGGCAGCAAACGAAACAUAACCGGAAAAAAAGGCCAAAAAUGGGAAACCGGAGAUUCGCGCAGGUAUCCACCAGCGACGACGAAGACGAAGCGCUACCGCCGCCACCGAAAACUCGGUCAUCGAUGGCGAAGUCAGAAGACAAUGAGAAAAACAAGAACAAAAAGAAGAAAAUGAAACUUCUAGAAAAAGAUGAAGAAGAUGAGGAAGAAGCGAAAGUGAGAGGAGGGAAAGCAAAGAAGAAAGGAAGAGGAAGGAAAGGAGUUGAAUCGGAAGAGGAAGAGGAGGAGGAGGAGGAAGAAGAGGAAGAGGCGCCGCAAGAGGAUGCGAAACCGAUUGGUGAACCGAUUAAGUUUUCUGGUAAAGGAAGAGGAAAAAGGAGUCAUUAUGAAGCUUUUGAGUUUGAUGGAAAUAGAUAUGAGCUUGAGGAUCCUGUCCUUUUAGUUCCUGAGGAUAAAAAGCAAAAACCUUAUGUGGCAAUUAUCAAGGAUAUUGCUCAGACACAAAAGCUUAGCAUGAUGGUCACUGGACAGUGGUUUUAUCGUCCUGAAGAGGCAGAGAGAAAAGGUGGUGGAAGCUGGCAGUCACGUGAUACCCGAGAAUUGUUUUACAGUUUUCAUCGUGAUGAGGUUCCAGCAGAAUCUGUAAUGCACAAGUGUGUGGUGCAUUUUGUCCCUAUUCAUAAGCAACUUCCAAAUCGGAAACAGCAUCCUGGUUUUAUUGUCCAGAAAGUGUAUGACACUGUAGAACGGAAACUUUGGAAGUUAACUGAUAAGGAUUAUGAAGAUAAUAAGCAGCAUGAAAUUGAUCUUCUUGUUCAGAAAACUCUAUCGCGUUUGGUAGACCUUCCUGAUAUUGAAACUGAAGAUUAUGCUGCUGAACAACCAGAAGAUCAGUCAAAGUUUAAGAGAACUCUCAGGAAAAAGAAUAUUACUCCACUUGAUGUUUCAAGGGAGGAAGAGGCAUCUGGCAGGCAUGACAAUUUAAAAGCUGAAACACCAGGAAGCUGUACAGCCAAUACCUCGGAGUACUAUGCAAUCUUAGAAAAGUUUGAUGUACUAACUGGAGAUACUCAUCGCGAAAAAUGGUUGGAGAGGCUUCUUCAAUGUAUUCAAUACAUGUGCAGAUCUCCUGACGAUGAAAAAGUGAAAGCCAGUUCUGAUGGCAUUGAUGGUGAAAAAGAGAGCAAGACACAUAGCAAUGGAAAUGGAUCUCAAGAUAAGAGUCCUAAAAGUAGCAAGACUUUUCGAUGGCCUGAUGCUGCUGUUUCUGCAGUAUGUGCCCUUGAGAAGGCUUCACAUGAAGCUCUUUCCUCUGAUUUUCAGAAAUAUAACCAGAAGUUGCGUUCUCUUGUUUUCAACCUCAAGAAUAGCACGCUACUGGCACGGCGUUUGCUCAAUGGACAGUUGAAACCUUCGAAAAUAUUAAAUAUGUCACCAAAUGAAUUGAAAGAAGGGUUGACAGCUGAGGAGACAGCAACAAAAGAGCCCGACGAAUCAGCAGGCAUGCAGAUGACUGAUGCUUGUUGCUCAAGAUGCAAUGAGAACAAAGUUGGCGUAAGGGACAUCAUCCAAGCUGGACAUGGAGAUCGCUAUCAGCUGGAGUGUACUGCCUGUGGAAAUUCUUGGUAUGCUUCCAGGGAUGAAGCAUCGAUGCUGACAAUAGAUGGACCGGGUUCUGCCAAAAGUGUAGGCACUGCACCCUGGGCAACUGCCAAAUUUGAAGAGGUCGAGAAGAAGCUGGUCAGUCCCCGCGAACCUGAGAAGGCAGCUGAGGUCAUGAAGAAGACAAGUGAACCAUAUAUACCUAUUGUCGAUUCCCAGAGGCCAUUUUCCAAGUCCAAGAGUGAAGAGAAUACUGUAGCUAAGAAGGGAGCUGAGGUCAUGAAGAAGACAAGUGAACCAUACGUACCUGUUGUAGAUUCCCAGAGACCGUUAGCCAAGUCCAAGAGCGAAGAGAAUACUGUAGCUACAAAGAAUGCGGAGUGAUGCAUAUACUACAAGAAGUUUUCAAGUUGUACAGCUAAAGUUAGUGCGUCUGUUGUACAUAGGUAUCCUGAGUUUCUGAAGCAAAUUUCUUUCUCCAGUUAACCAGUUCAAAGUUGAUAUACUCUACAAAGGAGUAGGAAUAAGAUCGUAUUAGUUUUGGCUUAAUCUCCAAGUAGUGUCUUGAUGGAUAUAUGUCUGUAUAUCUUCGGACCAUUGCAUGCCCUUGUGCUAUUUUGAAAUGCAUUUGAGGUGAAUGUCAGAUCAUUUAAGCCACCUAGUAA